AUGCCAGCCUGCAAGCGAGAGAAGGCAGUGUUGGAGUGUGUGUGCAAAGGGGGGUGGAGUGUGAUUAUCAAUUCCCAGAUUUCAUCCCAUUUGGCUGUUGGCGGUAACAACUCUGGCCACCCGAUGAACCUCCCCGCUGGAUCCAUCCGAGCUAGCCAACCGACCCACUUGGCCUCAGGCAUCCACCAUGCUGCCUACUCUGGGCACAACCCGCACAGCACAGAUCGCUCCAGAGGUCAUGACCUCUCCGUCACGCAAGUCCAAUCCGGCACUCAAGUGCCCCAUGGCUCUGGGCAAAUAGACCCCUCUUCGGCUCAUCCGCGACAGAUCCCAGCUGGCCGUGAUCAUCCUGGUGCUAUGUUUUCCAACAACCCCAGGGAGCAGUUGAUGGACUAUUCAAGUCAUCAACCAAUGGUCUACUCAGGCCCACCACAUACGGGCUACCCGGCGGCAAUUAAUUACGGCACCGCAGCAACACCCUUCCAUCCCUCAGCCCCCGCAUACACCAUUCAUCCUCAUCACCCCUACUUGGCCCCCAUGCACCCACCAGUCCCCCAGUACUAUCACCAUCCCUCCUUCCAUAUGUACCCUCCCCAGCACGCUCCAAUCUCUUUCGCUCACAACGCUCAUCCAAAUUAUUGGCCGCUUGAGACAAAUUCACAGAACCCCGCCGUCAAUUAUGGUUCCCACCCAGGUCGCGCUGUUACGUCGGAUCCGUCCCAGAUUGCUUACGCCCCUUGUCAGCUUGCUACUAUGGCAGAGACAACCUGUCAUAAGCAAAAUAAAAAUAAAAUUACAUAA